UUGCGUCUCUUCCCUCUCACGUUUACUAAAGCGUGAAAGCAAGAUUCAGGAAAACCACAUACCUUAUGACCUUAUCUCGCUGUCUCAUUCUAUUUCUCCGAUGACCACGGCGGUGACCGCUGCUACGAUGUCUCUCUCCACCACCAUGCUCCGCCGCUCCUCUACCCUCCACUAUCACACUCGCCACUCCCGCUUCCCAUUGAUCUCCCUUCCGAUUCCUCGCAAACUCCACUAUCCCCUCAAAUUUCCCUCCAGCUCAGCAAAUUGCCGCGUCCUCAUCGUACGAAACUCCAGCAACAUCGCUGCCAAGCCAUCCUCAGAGUUCCAGAAAAAGCCUCGCGGUCUCGACCAGGAAGACAGGCUUCGCGCCCUCCGCCAGCUCUUUUCGAGGCCUGAUAUUAACAUUGACGCCUACAUCAUACCUUCACAGGACGCCCACCAGAGUGAAUUCAUUGCUGAUUGUUAUAUGCGGAGAGCAUAUAUAUCAGGGUUCACUGGAAGUGCAGGAACUGCAGUUGUCACAAAGGAUAAAGCAGCCUUGUGGACAGAUGGGCGCUACUUUCUGCAGGCUGAGAAGCAGCUGAGCUCUAGCUGGAUUCUCAUGCGAUCAGGUAAUUGGGGGGUACCCACUCCCAGUGAGUGGCUCAACAGUGUUCUCUCACCUGGUUCCAGGAUUGGAAUUGAUCCUUUUUUGUUUUCAUCAGAUGCUGCAGAAGAACUGAAAGAGGACAUAUCUAAAGGAAAUCAUGAAUUAGUCUUCUUGUCCAAUUUAAACCUUGUUGAUGAAAUAUGGAAAGAAUCAAGACCACAGCCUCCUAAGAAACCAAUUAGAGUGCAUGACCUGAAAUAUGCUGGUGCAGAUGUGUCUUCAAAGUUAUUUUCCUUGAGGUCUGACUUAAUUAAUGCUGGUUCAUCAGCAAUUGUUAUUUCCAUGCUUGAUGAAAUUGCCUGGUUAUUGAACUUGAGGGGUAGUGAUGUUCGACAUUCACCUGUCAUGUAUGCAUACUUGAUAGUGGAGAUUGAUGGAGCAAAGUUAUUCAUUGAUGAUUCUAAAAUCACACCAGAAGUUAUGGAUUACUUGAAGAGUGUAGGUGUUGAACUGAGAGCAUAUGAAUCCAUUCUUUCUGAAAUUGAAAGUUUGGCAGAAAAAGGUGCAAAUCUUUGGCUGGACAAAUCAACUGUUAAUGCUGCUAUUACAAAUGCAUACAAGACUGCAUGUGAUAGAUACUCUAGGAGCCCUGGAAUCAAAAAGAGAAAUAAGAAGAGCACAAAUCUUGACACCAAUGGUUUAUCAGGGCAACCCCAUGCAUUAUAUAGGAGUUCUCCUGUGUCUAUGGCCAAAGCUGUGAAAAAUAGUGCGGAAUUGGAAGGCAUGCAAAACUGUCAUCUAAGAGAUGCUGCUGCUCUAGCACAUUUUUGGGCCUGGUUGGAGGAGGAAAUCUGCAAGGAUGUGGGUUUAACAGAGGUAGAAGUUGCAGAAAAACUUCUUGAAUUUCGAUCAAAGCAAUAUGGCUUUCUUGAUACCAGCUUCGAUACUAUAAGUGGUUCUGGUGCGAAUGGUGCGAUCAUUCAUUACAAACCAGAGCCUGAUAGUUGCAGCAUUGUGAAUCGACAUGAGCUUUUCCUUUUGGAUAGUGGUGCUCAAUAUGUUGAUGGAACAACUGACAUAACAAGGACAGUCCAUUUUGGUGAACCAUCUUCACGAGAGAAAGAAUGUUUCACUCGGGUUUUGCAGGGUCACAUAGCACUUGACCAGGCUGUCUUCCCCGAAAACACUCCAGGUUUUGUACUGGAUGCAUUUGCUCGAUCAUCCUUGUGGAAGGUUGGCCUUGAUUACCGACAUGGAACUGGGCAUGGUGUAGGAGCUGCACUAAAUGUUCAUGAAGGCCCUCAAGGCAUUAGCUUCCGUUUUGGAAACAUGACUCCCAUGGUGCCAGGCAUGGUAGUCAGCAAUGAGCCCGGCUACUAUGAAGACCAUUCGUUUGGCAUUCGGAUUGAGAAUCUUCUUUAUGUCAAGGAAAUGGACACUCCAAAUCGUUUUGGCGGGAUUGGAUAUCUUGGAUUUGAAAAGCUUACUUUUGUUCCUAUACAGGCUAAAUUGGUUGAUUUGUCAAUACUCUCUGCUGCUGAGGUUGCUUGGCUGAAUAGUUACCACUUGCAAGUGUGGGAGAAGGUUUCAGGUUUAGUGGAUGGUCGUGCUCGGGAAUGGCUAUGGAACAACACAAGGCCUAUCGAUUCAUCUCCAACUCCUACUUAGUUAGUUAGUUACUCUUUACCGCCAUACCCCAUACAAAUAUACGUCUGUUGUGUAUAUCAAGCAUUCAACCCUAAAUAUUUGUUCCAGUAUGUCAAACUUAAUUCGCUGUAUUUGUCUAGUUCAAGUUUGGUGUAUGUAUGGAAUAGUCCAAAAAUGAAAAUAUGCUUAUUCCAUCGUUUGUUAAA